UACUUGAAAAUAUUUCCAUUUAAAUCAUUAUCUACUUUAGUUUAAGGUAUUAAAAUCAUAGUAUUAGUAAAUUAGUAUUUUGUUCGCAUUUUCCUUUGAAUUUAAGUCAUUCUUCAUUUUUGGAAUUUCAAAUCAAACUUGUGAAUAACUAUGGGAAAGUUAUCAGUAUAUGAACGUAUACAAUUAUUGAUUUAUAUUGGAUUUGGAGAUAAAAAACGUUCAAUGAGACAAGCCUGUACACUUUUUAAUGAACAAAAUUGAAAAUUGAAAAUAUUUAAUUAAUAGGCGUGAACAAAGACUAAGUUGAUUAUAAUCUGACAUAAAUUCACAAUAAAGCACGCGCCAUUCGAAUCUGGAGACAACGAAAGAAAUAGCAACGGUUCAGAAAAAUGCCCUGACGAAAGCCGUUUAAAUUCAUAUAUAAUACGAUAAUACGAUAAUUAGACAUCAACAAAAUUAUUCGAAUUAGAAAAGAAGUUUAAUAAAUCGGUGCAUUAUAGAAUGUUUUGUAAUGAUUUACCGUAUCAUUAUUGAACCUAAACUGUUGCGUGCGUGUGUUCUGUAGUGCCGUCAAUUAAACGAUAAUACUUAAUUUAUAAAUAAACUUUUAAUUUUGAAUUGAGAUUAGAAGUUUAAAAAAUGUUAUUUGACAAGUAUAAUUUUAUUUUUAUGCUGUAUAAUGAUAUAUGAACAUCUAACACAAAAAUACUUCCAUUAACUAAAUAAAUACGAAUAAAUAAUAAUAAAACAUAUAUACAUAAAUAAUAAUUUUACAUUUAUUAUUAAUAAAUGUAAAUACUGUAUACAUAUAAAUUAAAAGGAAUAAUAGUAUAAGGCUUAUAGGAGUAAGUUAUUUUUUGUUUAAUUACGAUUUUUAUGAUGUUGCUCUCACGAUUAAUUUUCUUUUUUAUGUUAAUAUGUCUUACUAGUAGCAUAUUUAGUUGCCGUAAAAUGAAGCAAGAACGAGAACCAGAACAAGUGCCAGAACUAAAACGAGAACCAAUAGUAAAUCCUGAUGAAGUUACUGCAUUUAAUAAUAUUAUUAAUUCUAUAGGAUGGAAUAAUAUAAUUGGUUUUGAAUUUAAAGCCUUUAAUGGAGAUUCAGUACCAAUCAGGGAAUGGGUCCAUGCAUAUUCUUCUAUCAAUAAUGUCCCAAAAACUCAUUUUAAAACAAUAUCAAAGCCAUGUGCUUCAAUGGUAUUAAGAAAAAUUUAUUCAGAUAUGCUUCAUCCUUUACGUGAUUACUAUAGUUCUCUGUCAUUAGUAUAUAAAUACCGAGAUGAGGAGUCUAAAUUGACGAAUUUGAAAAUAUUAAUCGAAAUGUUUUCUACGUUUAAACCACUAAUGUCUUGUAUGGCUAAUGCAUUAAAUUAUUUUGAAUGUACUAAUGAGGAUUUUGUAUUCGAUGUUCUCAACAAAUCAUUAUUAUUAACUGACGAACUGACUACUAUUAACAACUUUUAUAAUUCAGACAACACUCUAAAUUAUGAAUUUAUAAAUAGCACACUUGAGAAAAUUUAUGUUUUUGCUACAAAAUACGGAUAUCUUAGACUAAAAUACAUUUAUGAAUUAAGAGUUGAACCAUUCUUACAAAACUAUAUUACUGAAUUGAAAAAACUACAAUAUAAUUAUUCGUAUAAUAAUCAUAUUGACCCAAAUUUAAACUUACAUGUUAAAAAUGGUGUUUUCUUAUUGUGCAGAAAUUUUGGAUUUUAAUAUUAGGUGGUAUAAUACAUAAUAUAUUUUUUUCUUUAUUGUUCUUCCUUACUUUGUAAUUUACAAUUAACUAUCAAUUAAAAUAUUAUAUUAUACAUAUACUUUUUAAACUAAAUAAUUUAUUAUUCACUAAUAAAUAAAUUUAGAUUCUAUAUUUUAAAUCAAGUUUGAAAAUUCAGCCAUUUUAGAUUAUUACUUUUGUUAAUUAUUGUUACACGCAGGGUAAUUUUAUUCAUUAUUUUUAUUACUAUUAUAACUUUUCCUUUUUUUAAUAUUUUUAUUAAUUAUUAAUUAUUUUAGACAAUUACAUAUUUUGUUCAAAUUAUUUUUUUUU